AUGGAUUUUCAAGCGUUCCGUCGACGGCACAGCAGGAGCGCUAUCCUCCUCAACCUUGUAGCAGUCUUGUCCCUCGCGGUCCUGCUCGGUCUCGCCAUCGUGGUCAGCGACAUGGACACACAUAUUGCCUUUUCAGGGUUUGAGUCUCGUUGGAACCGGGUGCCGAAUGGCCUCGAACAGUUGCUCAGCGGGCGUAUCCCGCCCGAAAGGGCCUCUAUCCUUUUACUCAUGUUUCUCACGGCUUUUACGUCAACCGCCACCGUCGCAUUAUUCUCGGCGCAGACGGCAAUCGAGGACCUAACGAACGAUCGCCCGUCCUUACCCCUCGAACCCCUUCCCAACAGGACGUGGUCCGAUUUCAAUUGCUACGGUAUAUGUUACAUAGACGAUAUCGCCCCGGCUCUGGGAUCGUUCAUGUAUCGCAGCGCGUAUGUCAACGGCCUCAUUUCAGGUCGUUCAGAUAUCUGGGAAGCGAAUGAUCGCGGACAAUAUAGGUCAAUGACGCCAGACGGACUGCUGGGCGACGUCAUGUAUCGCGGCCUCUGGACGGCCGGCGUCGGCCUCAGUGUCCGCUCGUACGCUGAAUACCUCGGGCCGGGGGAGUACUUCUCCCUUCCUGAUAACUAUACGCUUAACGCGUUAAGGGGCGAAGUCUACGGAACCAUCAUCAACUCCACGUGCGAGAACCGCACGGCUGAUUAUGACAGGUACUCCGAGUACCUCUGGGAGUUGGGUGGCAUGGUAAUUACCACAGUCACGAGGCGGGAACCGGGAAAAGUGCCUGCCAGUGUGGGCGACGAUUCCCGCGAUUUCGACGAGUUAACCCGGGCCAGCAAAGAGAACAUCACCGCCGUCUCACAUCGAGGGUACAAGAGUUUCGAUCCCGACCUCGCCAUUGGCUCCAACAUCACUUACCCGAAUCCGGUAAAGUUUGUCAACGCGACUGGCGGAAGUGAUAUCGACCUGGGGGAGCCUGUCCAUGUCAUUCUUGUUGCAGGCCCAGUGGACAAAGAGGGUCAGGUCUUCGAGUGCCGGUACUCGGGCCAGGAGGUACUUGUUGAGACAUCCCUUGAAAGCCCUGUCGCCCCCGUAGAGAUAGGCCGCGUGAUGUCGACGAUAGCAUCGUCUACGACAAGUUCUCAGUCCAUCUGGCUGCUCGUGAAGCAGCUCGUUGCGGAAGAACUGCAUAACAACAUGGAGCUGGUAGCUCGGGGAUUCAGAAACGGCGGAUAUUUCCCUCUCGGAGAUGGAUACCCGGCGUUUGAGGACACGGCCUUGGGCGACAUGCUUGCCCUUGUACUUUCACAGUCAGCUCAGGCGGCCAUCUCUCUGCUGCGGCAGACAACCGAAGUCGCCUACAUGAGGAACCCGCCGGAAGUAUCCCCAGCUGCGUCCAUCGCGGCAACCAUUUCGUUUCAGAGGCUAGGCGGUAAAAGUCGUGGUUGGCUCGUUGUUUAUGGAGUUUUGCUCCUAGGCUCGCUAAUAGGCCUCGUCCGGACUUUGAUUGGAGGAAGAGCGGUUGAGUUUGAGGCUCAGGAUGCUGCCGUUUUGCUGGCCAAGGCCAUGGGGGACGAGGAGUUUGGCUCAGCGACCAGGAGAUACACCUUGGAGAAGGAAGUUGUCCAGCGAGAUGGCCGUGGCAGUGGGGAAAUACCGCAGGGCGACCCGGACAGGAAACAGAACCCAGAAGACGCCGCCUCUCCUCUUAUUGAUAGAACUUAG